CAAUCUCGCGCGCCCUCUCUGCUCCCGGCCCUGUCCCUGUCCCUGCGGCCGUGCGCGUUCGGGAAGGAGGAGGAGGGAGCCGAAGGCGUCGUCUUCGGAGCUCGCGCCCGUUACCUCAGGUUGGUGGACACAAGAGUUAGUUACACUACGACUUGCUGUUCUCAGAGCACCGGGAACGUUGAAAUUUGAAGUAGAAAUUAUUGUGUGUAAGCAAGAGCCGGCAACAGCACAUGCUGGGUGCACAAUGACUAAAGUUUGAGUGAGAUUUCACCAGAUAGCAGAAGUGCUUGAUAUAAAAGUAAGAUGGGCGACGAGUACCAGUGCGAGUCUGAUGAUGAGGUCGCACCACCAAUGUGGCCUAACGUAGGGGAUGCACACCAGAAGCAGUUCAAAAUGGAGAAACUUGGAAAGGACGACGAUGCACUCAAUGAUGUUGAGUUUCGUGAGCAGCCUGCUCGUGCGGAUCUCCACCGGCUAAAGGAAAUUGCAAGCUCUGAGAAAGGCGCUUCUCAAAUGCAAUACUUUGUAAAGCAUUGGGAAUAUAAGCGGGCUAGUAAUGCUCUGCUUUUGAGCGAAGAGCUUGGCCGUCUCUCCCAACAGAGAAAAGAGAUUGAAGAAAAGAAGCAACAAAUCUUGGAGGAGCAGCGAUUUCAGGAUGAAAAUUAUUAUGCUGCGAAGAGGCAAGUACCAAUACUGGAUGAAGUUUACAAGAAUGAAUGGAAGCGUCCGAGCAAAAAGACUGAUGACCAUUCUCGUAAUCAAGAGCUUAAAAUAGAUGCAGAAUACAACACUAUUUCCUAUUGGAAAGAGCGAGCGAUGCGGUUAGAAGAAGCGCUUGAGGCAAGCCUGGAAAGGGAGCGUGCAUUGGAGGAAAAGUUGGAGGAAGAUAUAAAGAAUCUUCAGUCACAUACACCGGUGGAGGAAUUCUCUGGAAUGUUAAAACGGGCUGAUUACUUCUUGCAUUUGGUUCUCCAAAGUGCUCCUAUUGUAAUUGCUCACCAGGAUGCUGACUUGCGGUACCGUUUCAUAUUUAAUCACUUCCCAACACUUGCUGAUGAGGAUGUUAUUGGUAAAACCGACCAUGAGAUAUUGUCAGGUGAGGGUAUAGAUGAAAUGAAUAAUGUCAAGAGGGAGGUUAUGGCCAAGGGUAUACCAACUAAGAGAGAGUUUGUAUUUAACACUCCAUUGUUUGGAGCAAAGACUUUUGUGACAUACAUUGAACCAGUAUUCAGCAAAUCUGGGGAAACAAUUGGUGUGAAUUAUGUUGCAAUGGACAUAACAGACCAGGUCAAAACAAGGGAGAAAAUGGCGGAUAUAAGGGUGAGAGAAGCUAUCCAAAAAGCCAAGGAAACAGAACUUAGCAGAUCUCUGCACAUUACUGAGGAAACUAUGAGAGCAAAACAAAUGCUAGCCACCAUGUCCCAUGAGAUCAGAUCUCCCCUUUCAGGGGUUCUUAGCAUGGCUGAAAUUCUUGCAGCUACUAAACUGGAUAAAGAGCAAUAUCAGUUGCUAGAAGUUAUGUUAUCUUCUGGAGAUCUUGUAUUGCAAUUGAUCAAUGACAUCCUCGAUCUUUCCAAAGUGGAGUCAGGAGCUAUGAAACUAGAGGCUACGACAUUUAGACCAAGGGAAGUAGUUAAACACGUACUCCAAACUGCUGCUGCAUCUCUGAAGAAGGAAUUGACCCUUGAAGGAUUUAUAGGAGAUGAUGUUCCAUUGGAGGUCAUUGGUGAUGUGCUAAGGAUUAGGCAAAUUCUGACCAAUUUAAUCAGCAAUGCAGUGAAGUUUACACAUGAUGGGACGGUUGGGAUAAAACUUCGUCUUGUAGAUAAGCAGCAAGCAGGAUGUGAAAUAGAAAAUGGGCAACUUCAUAUGAGAGCCCAUCCUGCAAGCUCAGUUACUACUGCAGCAGAAAAUUCUGCUGCCUCUCCAAGAAACUGUGAUAAAGAUGCUUCGCGUUGCUCCAGUCGUGAAGAUGUUUGUCAGAAUGGUGUUGUAUCAAAUGAAAAUUUUAGGGAGUACCAUGCGGGAGAAGUUGUUUGGCUUCAGUGCGAUGUACAUGAUACUGGGAUCGGAAUACCAGAGAAGGCACUGCCGUGCCUGUUCAAGAGGUAUAUGCAAGCCAGUACGGACCAUGCAAGAAAAUAUGGUGGAACAGGGCUGGGCCUUGCGAUCUGCAAGCAGUUGGUGGAGUUGAUGGGUGGUACUCUAACUGUGGUUAGCUAUGAGGAUGAAGGAUCAACAUUCACAUUCAUGAUACCUUGCAAAAUUCCUGCAAAAGAGGAGAACAGUGAUGAUCCUGAUGAUGAGGCCAGUACUCGUAAUAAUCUCACUAUCAAUGAUAUAGAAGGAUCUUUCGUUUUCAAGCCGAAAGUGCGCCCUUCUCUCCUGUCUUCUGGAGUUCCAAUAAUGAACAACACCAAGUUCUUUGGCAGCAAUCUUAUGUGCUAUGAUUCUACUAAUGUAAUAGAGGAUCAUAAACCAUUCUCCAAUGGUUUCAUAUCGACGGAAGAUAAUUCUGGAAAGUGUGCCCCUGCUGCUAGUCAAUCAAAUGGUCCAAAUGUUAGCAGCAUAGAUGAAGAAAAAAAUGAUUGUUCAAUGGUCUUUGAACUGAAUAGUCAAGCUGAACGGGUUUCCAGUUCCCGAGCCGACACAACAUCAGUUUCAGGGGCUGGCAUUCAGGAGGGAAGGAAAGCAUGCAAAGCUCUUGAAGAAAACUCACUUAACAAGAAAUCCAAGUGUUCUCCAAGUAGCAGCAAGGCAAAGAUCCUCCUCGUCGAAGAUAACAAAGUCAAUAUAAUGGUGGCAAAAUCAAUGCUGGUGCCGCUGGGCCAUGGAAUAGACAUAGUAAAUAACGGACUGGAAGCAAUCCGUGCAGUACAGCGCCAUCAAUAUGAUAUUAUCCUGAUGGAUGUUCACAUGCCAGUAAUGGAUGGCCUACAAGCCACUAAAUUGAUCCGUUGCUUUGAAAAUACUGGCUGUUGGGAUGCUUCUGUAAAGCCUGAAGACAAUGAGAUGAUAGCUAACUCAGCUAUUUCAUCUGAUUGUGUGCAAGACAAGAAAGGGAAGAGAGUACCUAUAAUUGCGAUGACAGCAAAUUCAUUCGCGGAGAGUGCUGAUGAGUGCCUUGCUGCAGGCAUGGAUUCCUACAUAUCUAAGCCAAUGAACUUCCAAAAAACAAAAGAGUGCCUGCAGCGCUAUUUGUUGUCUCAGUAACUAACCAAUUGCUGUAAAGUGUAGGAAGGUGAUCCUGGAGCUGCUGCAUAAAGAUUUGGCCCUGCUUUUUGGCGGUGUUUAUUCCUGCUCCCUGCGAGUGCUGGUGUCACUAGCAGCAGUGAAAGGGGUGCGCUGAAAGGGACCUGACAAAUGCCAUGGAUAAUGCUCCUCCCCUUUCUUUAGGUAAGGGGAAAGGGGUUUUUCCUGGGAAGUGCUGGUGCAGACUGCAGAGCAGUUGAGCACAAGGGCUGCCGCGAGUUGGAGGGGCCGAUGCACCGUACUACCACCGAACAGGCUUGUGGGCGACGGCGCGGUCGCUGUCACGCGUUGUGCUCGCGGCCUCGGUUCGUCAUCUCGACAGCGACCGGUCGUGGGAAAGAGCUGGUACAGAUCAGCACAGCCAUUCCUACCGGCCGGCGACGGGCGAGGUUCAGCUGCAGUAUGGCGCCACCAUCUUCUUCAGGUACCAAAAGGGGGGCACAAGUUGAUGAUGAUGAUGAUGGCAUAAUGCGCCAGUGGAUGGAUUGUGGAUUAUGGAUCUGGCCCUCUUGUGCUCUGCCUGAUGAGCAAAGCAGCCCUUCUGCAACAUGUGCAACCGCCACCCUAUUCUGGAUGAUGUUUUGUCUGACCCCAAAACAAGAAGCUGAAACCUGAAUGGAUAUUUCUUCAGGCUGCUGGCUGGCUGGGUGGUAUCCUCUGAGGCAUCGGAUGCUCGGUCACUCAUUCAUCAUGAUCAGGGAGAACUCGCCGGGAAGUCGCCGGACAGAGCAUAUCACCCCCUUUCGCUUUGCAUCUGCUACAGUCUCGGAACACCUGAGCACUGUUUACCGUGGGGAGGUUCUCAUUCCUGCAUCCCGGCAAAACACAGCAACACCGAAUCUGCAGCCCCUAGUAGAGUGAUAAAGUUCAGCCGCCGGGACAUGCACAAUUGGCAUCGCGCCGUGGAUUAAAUUCGGUCAGUGGACCGUCGACGCCGACACACGUCGUCGUCGCGGCAGAUGCGUGGCCGUGCUCUUAGAACAAGUAAAUCGUCGAGGCGGAUUUUGGUGGCCGUGUGUGCUUGAGAUCGAUGUUGUCAUCCUCAUCCAGGAUGACCGUGGAGCAACCGAAGACGGUGCGGCGAGAUGCGCUCGCUGGGUGUUAUUCGGGCGACACGCUGGGACGGCGACGGGACGCGGAUUCAGUACAUACACCGAUGGAGAAUGGUGUUCGAUGGGGGUCUCGGUCUCGCGUUCACGUCGUAUGAUUCCUCGCCACAACUGGGCGAGGCAUGUUGGGUUUACUGCUGCAGCACUACCUGGAGCUCUCUCUGCGUGCUCGAGUCGGCACGCUCUCCCCUCGACAGUGAUAUGCUCUCUCCUGGCUCUCCAGCGCUCCAUGGAAUCUCACUCUCUAAACUUUCUCUCCUCGCAGAGUGGAUUUUGUGGGCAUGGGGUCCCACAGUCCGCAGGAUAUGCUCUGGUGUGUUACCUACGGUCCGGUAAUAGUUGUCGUUUUCGAUAAGGACAGUUAGCAGAAAGUAUUGUUGGUCCUAGUCGCUUGUGUGACCAUCAAGUAAACCAUUUACAUCACAAAAUCACACAACAUUAUGUGUUUGUACUAUCUUGAUUGGUUUC